AGGAGGAGGAAGAGGCUCUGGUGGUGCUGGAGCUCUGCGACUUUAAGAACCACCCGCUGUUCGACGACUAUAGCACGGCAACGCUCGAGGUGCGGCAUUGACACGGCCACGCCGAUGCUGCGCAUUGGAGAGUACGCACUGCACGGGCAGCUGGAGGAGACGGUGGGCACGAACUACUUCUACGACACGGACACUUCGAAGGCGCCGGACAAGAAGUACCGGUUCGCUGGGCAGACCAUCAAGAAGAUCAAGUUCACGAUCGCACCGCCGGAAGAC